AUGGAUAUAUAUUAUGGUGCGAUAAUUUUUGAUAAAUGGAUUAAUACAGGUGUUUUCAUAUUUCAAACAAAGAUAGAAAAAAAAUUAUUAAUUCGAAGUAUUAAGGGUAGAAUGGUUAAUCGAUUACAUGUUGGAUCAUUUAUUUCAAUGUUAUUUUCACGUGGUAAUUGGGAUGUUGAAUGGGAUAAAAUAAUUAUAAUACAUGAAGAUAAAGCAGUUAUUAAAAAUGAAGCAAGAAUGAAUAGAAAAUUAGUUUUUAUUCCU